AUGAGCACCUACCUGGUGAAUGUGACCACUCUGAACAGCUCGACUCGAACUGGAUGGGUUGAUGAGCCAAACAUCAGAGGUUCGUGGGGCAUCCUUCUGCCUUGUGUCUCAACACUACUUGUCUGCUCGUGGUCGGUGAUGCAUCUUAACCUCCCAGCGAAAUCGAGCUCCAAUACAGAAAAGCUCAUACCCUACUUGUACUGGUGUGCCAUUGUUAUCUUUGGACCAGAGCUUGCUAUAUGGGCUGCUUGGCGACAACUUAUGUCUGCCAGGGCACUAAAGCGAGAGAUCGAGGAGGCGAAGCUGACUUCCUACAAUUUUUCCCUCACACAUGCCUUUUAUGCCGUGAUGGGUGGCUACGCCUUCGAUUGCAACCAGUCAUUCGACUCUGAAGGGGAGGUCUUCUGGUCCAAAACACAGCGAAUUACGCUCACGCCAAAGGGUGUUCUGCUACUGGCCUCUUGUGGACAACUUCCAGAAAUUUCGGCACAGAACAUUGCCGACAAGAGCAAAGUGGACGAACUCGGUAAACUCAUCGCUUGUUUACAAGCAGGAUGGUUUACCGUACAGAUAAUCACACGGUUGGCUUGUCACCUUCCAAUAACGCUACUCGAAGUGAGGAUUGUCGGGCACGUCUUAUGUGCCUUGGUACUCUACACACUCUGGUGGUACAAGCCUCGUCGCAUCGAGGAGCCCACUAUACUCAAAGGUUCUUGGUCAGCCCCUCUGGCUGCCUUCAUACUCAUGUCGAGCCACGUCAAUGCAGCACCCAAUUCUAUACUUCCUGGCUUCCAAGCCGAGCAGCAGCAUGCAGAGGUAAUGGCAUUAAAGUUCCGGGUUAUGCCAGACGGCAGUAGUGUGCAUGUGCAGAGCAUAUCUGACGAUGAGCAUGAGAUGGACAACUUGGAUCAUGCCUUACAAGUACGCACGAAGACUGGAAUGUCCUUGAUGUAUGAGGAAGAAAUUGACCUUGAAGAUACGGUCGUAGACUGGAAGGGUCAGGCUGAAGCUCGUCUUCGUCUGGCAUGUCUGGCAAUACAAAAGUACUCUGCCGUGCGCACUCUCCUUCGUCGACCCAUCUGCGGAGAAGAUCGAAAGUACGCCACUGCACUGGCAGCAUAUCCGGAAAUGCCCAAGGUGUGUCGAAAGAAGCGAGAGAGAGAAGCCAUGCUCCAGAACGUCUCACCAUGGCUUGAGUUGGGGCCGCACGGCACGAAUGUACAGCACCUCGCCUGCCACACCGCCAGCGAUUGGCCUCAUGAUGGCCUUGUCCGAACAACAGGCGGUCUGGUCAUGGGCACAGUACUCUGGGCCGCCAGUAUCGCGUUCAGUGCUGUUCAUAUCGCUGCCUGGAAUGCCGGCUUUCCGACUGAAGCCGAAGCGUGGCUAUGGCGAUUUUCAUCCAUGUAUAUUGGUUUCUCUGGUCUCCUUUGGGCCUUUUUACAUGUCAUGGCUGAAUUAUCUGCUACUUUGUGGUGGAAUUGGUAUGAUAUUAUGAUUGGCGAGGCUUCACAAGUGUUGGCCAUGCUUGUUACGGCUCUUUGCUCUAUGUGUGGAGUUAUAUACAUCUUGGCAAGGGCUUAUCUCGUGGUUGAGGCCUUCGUGGAAUUGAGAUCGUUGCCUACAAUGGCGCAUGCCAUUCCGCAGUGGUCAGUGAGCAUUCCACAUAUAGGAUAG